AUGCGUGGAUUGUCUAAUGACCGCGAUUGGGACAGGGGAUCCUACAAAAAGGAUGAUUACAGGCGUCAUCGCGAACUAUCUUACGAUCGAUCUCGCGGAGGUUCUUAUGAUAAAGAGGCAGGCUCAUAUGAACGCCGGUCUCCUUAUGACAAAAGAGGUCCAUCUUACGAAAGAAAAUUGUCUUAUGAAAAACGUUUAUCGCCAUAUGAAAAGCGCGGUCAUCAUAUGAAAGACGUGCUCCGUCUUAUGAGAAAACAGUCUGCUUAUGAUAGAAAACGUCACUCUCCUUACAGUCGUAUUAGAGGCUCUAGCUAUAGCAGGUCUCCAGCCGUGAUGAUCCCAGAAAAAGACCAAGAACACCUCCAGGAGAAGGUAACCGAAGGCCUUUAUCGCCAAGAGAUGUAG